AUGGCUCCCACCGACACCUUCACCAUCACUGCCGCUCCGGGUACCGACAUCUGGCGUAAGCCGCCCACGACUGACGUCUUCAACGCCCCAACAGCCCUCCCCCCGGCCGGGCCCACGCCGCUCCGCACCUCCGGUCCCCUCGCCUCCUUCCGGUCCGCGCGCCUCUCCUUCAACUUCACCCCCGAAGAGCAAUACGACCAAGGCGGCAUCCUCCUCAGCUUCCGCCGCAGCACCGACACGAGCAACAACAAUACCCCGCCAAAGUGGAUCAAGUCCGGCAUCGAAUACUAUAACUCGCUCCCGCGGCUGUCGACCGUCGCAUGCGACAGCUGGGCCGACUGGUCCGUCGCCCCGCACCACCGGGACGGCGGCAAGGGCCAGCCCACGGGCUGGACGACGAUCCAAGUCGAGAAGGACAAGGACGGCAACGGUACGGGGCUGUGGGUGUAUGCCGUGGUGGAGGAGACCGGGGAGAAGAUCCCUCUGCGCGAGAUCUGCUGGGUGUUCGGGUUGGACCGGCUGGAGGAGUGGACUGUGGAGGUGCACGCCAUGGCUGCGAGGCCUGGCCGCGAGAGGGGCGUGGAGGAGGGCUUGGUCGUGGAGUUUGCUGGGUUGGAGGUCAAGUGGGCUGAGUGA